AUGAAGUCACCCAUUAUUUCUCAUAUGCUUUCGAAUAAUUCUGCCUCUUUUCGCUUAGUGUUAGCCUUCGGUUGUUUCUCAGUUGCUGUGCUGCUUAUAUGUUUUGGACUUGCUGCCAAAAGAGAGAUACGUGCGACUUCAUCUCUGCAAAGGGACGCGGACUUCACAGGCAGGAUUCUUGGCUUUCUACUUCUUCCGUGUUGUUCACUAAGCAGUUUUGAAGGAUGUUUCAAAGAAGAUGUUGACGACUAUCUUGUUGAUGGAAACACAAAAGUUGUUCUUAUGGUGAUAGAUGCGUGGAGAUUAUCAUUUCUCGUGGAUUCCGACUCUCCGAUGAUGUUUUUGCGCAGCUCCAUCACAUCUGGACGCGGAGUUGGCUUUGUGGCAAGGGUACAAACACCUACGGUCACGAUGCCAAGAAUCAUGGCUCUAACGAGCGGAACUAUCCCGUCGUUUAUGUCUCUAGUCACAAAUUUCUUUGCUACUGUGAGCACAGAGGAAAGCUGGGUAACUUCUGCUGCGGCUGUGGGCAAAAGGUUGGAAGUGUUUGAUUAGAA